UUCAAAGUUCAAUCUUGAUAAUAGUGGUAUGACGUGUAUUGAAGGAACACGAAAUUAGCGUGGCUUUUACAUAAACAAGUGUGGAGUGAAGAUAAAUUUGUAGGAAAGGAUCUGUGUUCUUGAUUUAACGAAAUGUCAUUUAUAACUAAUUUGACGCACAAAUCCUGGACAAGUAUGAAGAUGCGUUUUAGUAAAAGUAACCCUGAAAAGAAGCUGUUUACACCUGGUCCAUUGGUCUGUAGCCAGUCUGUAAAGGAGGCAAUGCUGCGAGACUUGGGUUCAAGAGAUGGAGAAUUUAUAAAUGUAGUAAAACUUGUACGACAAAAACUUCUGGACAUAGCAGAAGUUUCUCCUGAAGAAUUCACCGCUGUCUUGCUUCAAGGCUGCGGCACUUAUGCAGUAGAAGCCGUCUUUCAGACUUGCACUCCGCGUCAUGGGGGAAGAGCUCUGAUUCUUGCGAAUGGCGCAUAUGGCAAGAGAAUGAAAAAGAUCUGUGAUACCUGUGGUAUUCCCUCUGACAUGUUUGAAUUCCCUGAAGAUGGCAUAGUGGAUGUGGCAAAGGUGAAGGAGUUACUGGAGAAGGGGGUGCAGUAUGCUUUGGUAGCAGUGGUGCACUGUGAAACAAGCACAGGUAGUAUCAACCCUGUCGAAGAGCUGGGCCAGACCAUCAAGCAGUACCAGCCGCAAGCCGCUUACCUUGUGGACGCCAUGAGCAGCUUCGGCGCUGUGCCAGUAAAGAUUCAGAAUGGGCAGAUAGACUACUUGGUUAGCUCAGCCAACAAAUGUCUUCAGGGCGUUCCUGGUUUCUCGUACGUCAUAGCCAGGAAGUCCGAGCUCUUUAAGUGCAGAGGUAAUUCUCGCAGUCUUAGUUUGGACCUGGCGGAUCAGUACGAAGGAUUUGAGGGGAACGGACAGUUUCGUUUCACCCCUCCAACACACACCCUGCUUGGAUUUCUUCAGGCGCUGCAGGAGUUUCAGGAAGAAGGGGGUGUUAAUGGAAGAGCCAAGAGGUACAAGCAGAACUGCACGGUGCUGCAGAGAGGAAUGGAAGAACUUGGCUUCUGUAAGUUGCUGUCUAGAGAGUGCGGAGGCUAUAUCAUCACGACGUACCACUAUCCUAACCACCCCAACUUUAACUUUGAGGAAUUCUACUGUAAGCUGUGUCAGCUCGGUCAGUUAAUAUACCCUGGCAAACUCUCGAAUGCCAACUGCUUCAGAAUCGGUAACAUCGGUGACCUAUAUCCGAGCGACAUGAAGUAUCUGCUCAAGUGUAUAGGUAAAGUGCUGGACGCAAUGGACGUGCCUGUACCUGUGCCUGUUCCCGCGCCCAUUUGCCUGUGUGUGGCGUGACGUCAGGUUAUCCUUUUGUGGAUAAUCGCUGUAACGUGCUUGUAUGCUUAUGAAACAAAGUGAGAAACAUUGUUUUAA